UAAAUUUCUAUUUAAUAUUUUUGAAGAAAAAAAAAUGAUAUAAUAGAUUUAAAAAUAUGACAAAUUAGAAGAAUUUUUAAACUCUUCACUUUAAUCUCACUAGGUUCUCCAUAUUGAUUUGAAUCAUAAUUAAAUUGGUGCAAUUGGUACAUCAGGCUUAGGUUCUGCUUUAGCAAAUUGUACUAAUCUCUCAAAUUUGACACUUUAACUUUAGUAAAAAUAGUUUAUUUAUUUUGGAUUGUGAUAUUAUUAGUUGUAAAAAUGAAUUUAAAGCAAUCUGCUCUUUUAAAUUGUUUAUUAGCUUUUUAUUUGAUUUAUUUUUAUUUUUAAUGUAAUUGUGUUGUUUUUCUUCUAUAUUUCUUAAUUUAACUCAUUUUUUAUUUAAAAUUUGCUUUUAUUAUUUAUUAAUUAAUUCAUUUCUUAUUAUUUCAUAUUUUUUAAUUUUUAACUAACUAAUUAACUAUUUAUUUUUUCUUCAAUAUUUAAAAAGGGAUAAUUAAAUUGGUGCAGAAGGUGUAUCAGCCUUAGGUUCUGCUUUAGCAAAUUGCAUUAAUCUCUCAAAUUUGACACUUAAUAUUAGUAUGAAUUAAAUUGGUGCAACUGGUGCAUCAGACUUAGGUUCUUCUUUGGCAAAUUGCACUAAUCUAUCAAAUUUGACACUUAGUCUAGGGUUCAAUUAAAUAGGUAAUUAAGGUGCAUCAGGCUUAGGUUCUGCUUUAGCAAAUUUUACUAAUCUCUCAAAUUUGACACUUUACCUUUAUAAAAAUUAAAUUGGGGCAACAGGUGCAUCAGACUUAGGUUGUUCUUUAGCAAAUUGCACUAAUCUCUCAAAUUUGACACUUAUUCUAGGGAAGAAUUAAAUUGGUGCAACAGGUGCAUCGGGCUUAGGUUUUGCUUUAGUAAAUUGCACUAAUCUCUCAAAUUUAACACUUGAUCUUAGUGAAAAUUAAAUCAAUGAAUCAUAAUAAUUGAAAGUAAAAAGCAAGUGUCUUAAAUCAAAAAGAUUAGUUGUCAUUGAAAUAUAUUUCGAUUGAAGAUAAAUAAGUUGUGAAAAAAGUAUGAAUAAAUAUAAAAUAUUUGAAUAAAAGAAAAUAGUAUGUUUUAUUUCAUAAAAUAUUGUAUUAAAAUAAUUUAACCUAAAAUACAGACAGAUGUUU